CAGUGUGUCAUGCACUGAUCGAGCUGCAUCAUGGAGGGUUCCGUGAGCUCACGGCUCGUUAAGGUGUUCGCCGGGGUCGCGAUCGCUUUCACAGCAACCGUCCUGAUGCACGUGCGAGACCCGUCCGACGUGCUGCUGGACAGUGGUUACGGUUACCCCGAGCUGUGGAGGAAAACCGGCCUGGCCGGAGCUCCGGCGCGUGCUGCGGCGUGCAUCCUGGCGGGCGCUCUGCUUCUGGCAGCAGGCUGGCUCUACCGGCUCCUGUUCGCUCCUCUGGAGCUGCUGCGGAGUCCGGACGAUGUGGGAUACGUGGCGGAGGACGGGCGCUCCCGAGCGCGUGCGGCCAACGAGGUGCGGCGGAGGCGCAAGACCGGGGAAUUGCCUCCGGUUUACCCGAACGGCUGGUACCGGAUCCUGGACUCGCACAUGCUGGAGCGGGGAGACGUCAAGAGCGUGACCGUGUUGGGUGAGCAGGUGGCUGUGUUUCGGGGUCAGGAUGGGAAGGCCUAUGUGAUGGAUGCCUACUGCCCCCACCUAGGGGCCAACCUGGCUGUAGGGGGCCGAGUGGUGGGCAACUGUAUAGAAUGUCCCUUCCAUGGGUGGCAAUUUCGAGGAGAAGAUGGGAAGUGUGUCAGGAUCCCAUAUGCUGAAAAAGUUCCGGAGUUUGCUAAGGUGCGCUGCUGGCCGAGCUGUGAGAUUAACGAGCAGAUCUUGGUUUGGUUCCACUGUGAUGGAGAGGAACCAGGCUGGACGGUUCCUGAGCAGAAAGAGAUCACCAAUGAAGAGUGGGUUUACCGUGGACGCACGGAGCACUUCAUCAAUGCUCACAUAGAGGAGAUACCAGAGAACGCUGCAGACAUCGCUCACCUGGCCCAUCUCCACACACCAGGUAUCGUGAGUGGCGUGGACCUGCGUUACACCAACAGUAAGACCUGGGAGUUCAUCCGCCAUGACUGGAAGGUGGAAUGGAAUCCAGAGCCAGAGCCCAAUAAGCACUGUUCUCAGAUGUUGGUGAAGCACGCUCUCACUGUAUUCGGACGCCACUGGCCUCUCUUGGACGUGAAUGUGGUGGCCAGACAGGUUGGUCCAGGUGUAGUGUUCCUGCUGUUUAAUCACAACUUCUUGGGCCGUGGUGUGAUCUUACACUGUGUGACCCCAGUGGAGCCGCUGCUGCAGUGUGUGUCACACACCAUCUUCUACCAGAGCAACAUUCCUCCACUAGUGCCAAAAUUCAUCCUGCGCGCAGAGUGUAUUCAGUUUGAGCGGGACGUGAUGAUUUGGAACAAUAAGAAGUAUAUCUCUAAACCGUUGCUGGUGAAAGAGGACUCAGCCAUCCAAAAACACCGGCGCUGGUUUAGUCAGUUCUACAGCGAGAACAGCCCACGUCUGCGCUUCCAACACGACACACUGGACUUCUGAUCAAACACAUGGUCUGGACUCAAGAUGUUAUGCAGUUGUUCGAUCAAAUGAUGAGGACAGGAUGCUUGCAAUGGAUCUGACAGAUGAAAAAAAAAAUCCCUUCCCCGUCCUGAAACACAUUAGCAGAUUAUAUCAAGUUGCUCAAAGUAAAAUGAGCCCCUGAUCUUAAAAUAUUCAAACGUUCCACAAUCAGAACUGAAAAUCUCAAAAACCCAAGAGGAUGCCAUGAUGGUAGCAGCUUAUUUCCUUCCGCUUUAAGGACCAAGCUGUCCUUGUUAAAGUGCCUGAGAGGACUGUGAAUCAUUGAGCAAGUGCUAACUUUCUCUCUCUCUAUGAGAAUCACUGUUGCUUGACUUUAUUGCACUGUAAUCAGGGGAAAUCAACACGUCACAACACAUCGCAGACUGAAGAGCUCUUCCAGCUAAUGCAAGCAAUAACAGCUGACGGGCCAGAAGACGAACUGAAGCCACAAGACCCAAUCAUUUCUACACUGUGAAUUAAGAGGAUGUCCUCUUAGUAUUACAAAAAUACAGUGCAUGAAUUGGUGCACCAGUCUCUGUACUUACAUAAAAACACAGCAACACUGAUUCAAACAAGUGUGUAUCAUGAAUGAUUCUAUACACGCAUCACUGUAUGGUAAGUAGUAUACUGUAUGGUAUACUACUUGCAUCUCUUUCUUUAUUAGUAAUGCACUAUUAUUUAGAAAUGAUAUCAAAGGAGGCUUGGUCUCUAUGCCUGUCUGAUAGAAACAACUCUAAAUCAUAUUAUAUAAAAUCGUUGGUGGCUUUAAAAAUAUCUGCGAUAUACUGGAUAAUUAAUCUUGCAUCAACAUGCCCAUUGUAUUAUCUCAGAAUGGAAGGUAUACAAUGAUCACAAUUUUUCAUGAAUUAAAGAUUGACACAUCAUACUUUUUAUCCAUUUGUACUUAGGUUUAAUGUUGUUGAACAUCUGCAAAACAAGAUUACUUACUUUAUAACAGAAAAUGUUACUGAGAAACCACAAAGCCCUCCGUCCUGAAGACUGUGUCGGAAAACUUAAACUUACAAAGCACUGACACUGGAGACUCCUUCCAAAAAUGAUAAAUGUCUCCUCACAGAAAACUUAACGCUAAAGAGUACAUUAAUAUAAACCUGUGAUUUGCAGGUUUAUAGUUGCAGCUGCUACUAUACGCUGUGGUAUAAAUGUCUGUAUAGUGCAAAAUGGCCAAAACGUUUCAUUUGGUGAUAUUUAGACUAAAUAAUAAAUAUUUCAAUAUUUCUACACUGUAGCUACAUAUCACUAAGUAUAUAGUAUAGUAUAUGUGUGGAAUAUUCCUUCAGUCUCCAUUGAGUUGUAUUAUUUUUCUAUUUCAGUCUGUUUUCACUGCACUGAAUGCCUUCAUUAUAGUACGUUAGAGCAUGCACUAAAGGUGUUUAGUGUUUGAUAAAGCUCGAUAACUACAGAAUUGUUAUCUAACCCCUUUUUUUAAUCAGCAGGCAUUUGUCCUUGUGCAUUGCCAAACUACUUGCUGUUGCUCAUUUGCUUUAUUUACAACAAUGAGAGCAGUUUGUGCUGCAGUUAUACAGUAAAAAUAGUACAGCAUUUUCCAGCCUAAUCUCUGCCCAACAUGUUUGUAGCAUACGACUAAUUACCUCAAACUAUCAUUUUUAUACAUUUCUCUGGACAAAAAAUAACAGGAACAUUGUUUGGUAGAUACUCACUUAUAGUAGACAUCGAAGGGCAGUUUCUGAAUUUAUCAAUAAAUGUUGAAAUAAUCCUACAACUAUUACACCAAAGGUCUUAACACAUACAUUAGACAGUGUCACAAAACUUAUUGAAUGUACCUCUGUGUACUACUUUUUUUGUUUUUUUUUUAAUUUAUGGUAUCCUUGGCUCGUCAGGCAGAAACUGAGAUCCAUCUCUAAUUUUGACAGAAGAAUUCAUUGACAUUCAUUGACAGUAUUGAAUCAACUGCCCUUAGACAUAUAAGCUUAUAUAGAUCGCUUAUAUAGCAUUUUUAUACUACAGUGUAGUUGAAUGCAUGAUUAAUAAUAUGGUGAAGUUUUCUGUAAGAAAAUGUUUAUUAGACAUUUAUGGAAGGAGUCUCCAGUGUGAGUGCUUUGUAAAGGUCCGUACAUUUCCAACAAUAGAACUACAUUUUAUAGCUGCUAUAACGUAAGCGAUAACAGGAGCCGACUUGUUUUGCGGAUGUUCCAUAACGUUAAUUGUCAAUAUAAAUGGAUAGAAAUGUACAACUUGUACAACUUGUACAACUUAAUGAAUCAAAAA